UUUGCUUUCGUUGGAGUAUUACGCAUCGGGAUCUGAAUGAAUAAACUUAAUAGUUAUUAGUUUACGUUACGUUUCCAGUACUUUAAGACUUUAAAACCAGUUCCUAAUACUAUAAAGAUAAUAGAUAGUUGAUAAGUUAGUGAAAUUGUGUAAUUGCUAAGUGAGAGUGAUUGAGUUCUACCAACAGUUGCGUCAUGAUUUCUGGUUAAGUCUGUGACAAAGCCACCCUCGGAAAAACAAGCAUUUUUCAAACAUUAAAGCUGUACCCUUAAAGUGUUAUCAAGUAUAACUUGUGAAGAAAGCGCGGCUUUAGUCGUAUAAACAGUUUGAUGAUAUUAGAGGAUCUUGAAGAGUACUUCGAAAUGGCUCCAAACAAGCGCGGGAGACGAGGAGUUAGUGACGCUGACGAUGAAGACGACGAGUACAGGCGUAAAAGAGACAGAAAUAAUGAGGCUGUGAAAAAGAGCCGGUUUAAGACAAAGCAGCGGACACAAGAAACAUUUACCAGAGUGAAUAAACUGAAAGCGGAAAACCAAAUGCUUGAAGAAAAAGUUAAAACACUGACAAAAGAACUACAAUUCCUGAAAGAACUAUUCCUGGCACAUGCAUCGAACUCCACAGGCUCAAAAUUCGAAGGCAUAGACCUAGACAAACUCCUAGAAGAUAUACCAGAGGAUAAAAAAUAGG